UUUAAAUCGUGAUACGGCUGCAAUGAAACAAAAAUUAUAUUAGAUCAGUAAGUGUGAGGAUGGCCCUUUGUUAUAAUUCAUACUGUACGAGUUUUAGCAUUCUGUAAACAUCUUGAAUAUUGUUAUUAAGAAUUAACAUGUAUAACGUUGACGUUUACUCGAUUGGAUCAUUCGUAAUUAUGUUUUUGUUACAAUAUGUACGGCUGGAUUUAAGUUUCGAAAUUGAUGAAAACCUUCGUUGACGUUACGUUCCAUUUAGAAAUCAUGUACACGUAUGUUCCAAAUUCGUAAAGAAUAAAUGUACUGCUGUCAAAACGCUUGCAAUUAUUAUUUUCUUGCUUGUUGAUACGUUUGAUACGUCAAUCUGAUCAGGUCACAGUUGAUUUGAAUUUUUUUAUUUUAUAUUUAUAUUUAUCUCCUAUAUAUGACCUGUACUUUUGGAUCUCAGGAAAUUAAAUAUGUCGAUGGAUGGUAGCUGCUGGAGCCACAGUUUUAAUGGCAACCAGUGAAGAAAGUUCUUCAAAUAGAACACAAAACAAUUCUACACAUUAUUCCCAUUACAAUGAAACAAAUCAUAAUCAGCAGAAUACACCAUGUUCGCUUAAGAAGAAUAUAACAUCAUAUACUGUGAGCAAGAAUAAAAGCCGCAGCUCCAUGUUGGAAAAGAAUGGUCGACUGAUUUCAAGAUCUGAAAGUAAAGAGGGUAAUAAGAACUUUACAUUACACAAAGCAGCACCCAUUCGUGAAACUAAGGCUUCGAGAUUACGUGCUGCAUCAAUUAUAUCGCCUAAUGGUGGUACAGUGUUGUCAAGGAGAUUAGGUAUGUCAGAAAGUUCUACACCUUUGGGUCUCCAACCUAGUACUAGUUUUUCAGUGAAAGAUGAACAUUCGGUAUCGAGUAAUAGUAGUAUUACGAAUUCGGUACGAGAGAGGGAUAAAAGCUACAAGCGAAAAUCGUAUCUAAAUCGUUCGCUUAAUAUGGAAACUACAGUGGAUCGUUCGAAUCAGUCUGAAAGUAACAUCAGACACACCAGAAGACAAUCAAAUAAACAAAGUAACAUAUCUGAUACAAUAUCCACUUCAAAUUCUAGUAAUCGGGCAAUUAAUUUAGGUAAAAAGACGUUUGUCGGGUCGAAAGUCGUUGGCCAGAGAGUUAAAGAAAAUUAUUCAAAAGCUUAUACAUUGCCUUCGGUAAACUCCCCUGUUACCGCUAAACAGUCGACCACGCAACGAAUUAACAGCGGCGGGCAUAGCGAUUCAGAAGUUUCGCGCAGAGUAGAUGCGUUGACGGCAUUAACGAAAUCAGCGAUAGAACGUGUAGAAAGACUUAAAUCACACGCGAAUCUACCUACAAAUUAUGGACCACGGUUGGAGAAUCAUUUAUCUAAUACAGCAUGCCAAGGAGAUUCUUCUACUAGUAUAGAAAAUAGCAUGAAUAGUGCGCGUGCGUUGCAAUUAUCACCGAGACGAGGUUCAAUCUUGAAGAGGUCCAGCGAGGAACAUCCUCAAGAUGGACCGUUGAAUUACCAACACGCGCCGGUGUCGAUACUUAAGCAUAAAAUAUCGGACGGUGAUACGGGCCAAAAUUUAUCGACUGCCGUCAAUCACACAGUUUUGCCCGUAACGUUUUCACCGUCUGUGAGAGAACCAACGCGUAAGAGGCACGGUAUUUUAAAAAAGCGCAGUAGUUUGGACGAAAGUGAAAUACUUCGUCGGCGCAGUUGUUCACCGGACAUUUCAGGCACCGACAAUGCGUGCUCUGAAUUUAGGCCAAUAUUGAAAAAUCAGAGGCGGUCGUCGUUGGAUGAGAUUAUUAAAAGAGAUCAGAGCCCGGAUCCUCAGCCUACUUCCAUAUUGAAACGGAAAUCGUCCCGGGAGGACGAUCGAGAGGACAGGCAAGUCGGUUCCGCCGAACCGCAGGGCAUACUUAAAAGAAAAUCCACAAGUACCCAACGAACAACCGCUGUUAAUCAUCACGUGACCAUUACAACGGAUGCAACAAGUGCUGGCACUCCCGAAAUACUUGAUAGUUCCGAGGUGAGGCCGAUCCUAAAGAAAAAGCACAGUAGGGAAGAAUCGUUCGGUAGCGAUCCACCCUCUUUAGAGCCACGACCGAUAUUGAAAAAGAAAUCGAGUACGGAGUCGGACGAGCACGACGAUAAACCGAAAAAGACUAUUUUGAAGUGUGCACGGAAGAACUCGCAGGACGAAUGUAACUACGAGACAGAAUCGACUUCGCCGAAAAAGUUGUCGAUGCUCAGAAGCCGUACUCUACAAGGUAGAACGAGCCUGCCCUUGGAUAACGAUCCUGUACGACCUAUAUUGAAGCAACCUGGUAAUAGAGACAACGAAUCGCGAGUCCGUUUAAACUUGUGUAAUGAAACAAUUGUUAGUGACGAUAUAUCUACCACAGAGCCAGCAGAUUUAUUUUUGAGAAAACGGGCACAAUCAUUGGGCCAUAUGCAACCUUCCAAUAUUUCCAACGAAUUCACCGGUGUACUUAACAAACGAAGAUCUCUUGAAUUGUUAUCCGUGACCGACGCGUCGGAAGAAAAGUCGCAAGUGAAAUUAACAACCAGUAGUAUCUAUUUAAAAACAGACCUUUCUCUGGGUGACGAGAGUGCCAAUACUUCUACCCUUCCUUGUGACACGUUGUACAGUCUAACGAGAGGGAACGUCGCCGAUAGAGAGAAGCAAACUGUCGCAGUUCACAAAAACGAAGACGGGAGCAUAGUGAUUUCACAUGGACUUCCUGUAGAUAGUAUUAUUGAUAAUAAUAUUCCAGAUUCCUCUAGAAUGAGUAGGAGAGAGUAUACAAACAAUGAAGCGUCGUUUUCGGAAGGCAAACCAGUCGACGAAGAAAAAGGCGGCGAAACUAACGGCAUACAUCGCAGAAACAGCGUCUCCAAAAUGGCAUUGCAUUUCAGAGCCUUGCAGGAGAAAGCUAAUUCUCAGGAGAAUGAUAGCUUGACACAAAAAGCGCAGUGUAAAGGUUCACGUGGCAUACAACGAUACAGAGAACGUAAGAGCCAAGGAAGCGACAGGUUUAACACUCAGCCGGUAACUUCCCAAGAGGUGCAAGAAGCGGUGCUACAGAAUAAACGUAACGCCACGUUGGGUAGGAAAUCUAGUCUGUCGGACGAUAACUUGAAUACGACCGAUGACGAGUUCGACCCCUCUAAAUUGAGCUUGGCGGAACGUGUGCGCCUGUUUAAUCAGAAGAUCGAUACUGGAAAAAGUUCAGUGUCGAAUAAUACGUCGUCGGAGCGGCAGCCACGAAGAAGGCCAGCUGCUCGUUAUAAAACGCAACCGGUUACGUCCGAAGAAGUCGAGGUUGCGUCUCGAAUAUCUCCGUUAAAUAGUUUGAAUCAAUGCUUGAUGGAUGCUGGUGAUUCACCGAAAAGCAUUCUGAAAUCCAUAGGUUCGUACGCGAAUGACGCACCGCGUGCGAAGAGCCCUGAACUCGAGGGCAUGAAACUAAUAAAAUCCGUACUUAAAAAGGAAUCCGAGGAAUUGGAACAACGCAUGGUUGACAAUUGUGACACUGCACCGCGUUCUAUAUUGAAAUGUAAUUUAAAAUUGGAGGAAGAGAGCAAGGAAGAGAAUGUAACGGAAACAAAUUACUCCGCGCAGUAUGAUUUAAAUCGUGCCUACAAUGAAAAGGACGAUCGUACCGAAGGUAGGCAAUACGAGAGUAAACAAAAGUAUGCGAUGCCUCUUUACAAACGUAGUACUCAGGGUGAAUUAAAUAGAACGAGAUUCAAAUGUGCAUUAGAUGACACAGAUAACAUUACUGCAUCUAAGAAACGUGAGGAAACACCUCAGGCUACUGGAGGUGAGACAUCCUCUGUAAGUCAUGACGCAUGUAACGUAAACGACGGAGCUGUGCCUCCUAAUGGUCAUCCUAUUUUUCAAAAACCGACCAGGUAUGCUUCAUUGUUGAAGAGUGCCAGCCAUCAUGCGAUUGGUAACAAAAUCAACGAAAACGAAUCAAAUAGUGCAACAAUUCGAAAGCAGCAUGGUGUACCUCUUCCAGGAUUGUGUCGUAGUGCAACGCAGACAAUGUCAACAGUAGAUAGCACUGAUGGUCCGGGUAUGAGUAUCGCGGAACGAUUGGCUGCGCUGCAACGUAGCGGAAAUACAAAUUGGAAAAGACGUAUCGCGCCUGAGUCAUCCAAUUCGUCGGACGGAGCGUCUGCCAAUUCGUCCAAUAAAGAGGACCUAAGCAUCAAGCAAGGUGUACUUGCCGAUUGUCUUGGGAAGUUAGAAUCCGCGACGGAAGGAUGGAAAAAGAGGAUAGCUGCCUCAGACGUAACAAAGUUCACAGUAGCUGGAAAAAUGAAAGUAGAACAACCGGAGAAACUUGAUCCAGCUCCGUCAUCGCCGUUAAUUGAAGUCAAGGACAGAAAGAAAAAAACACCUCGUCCUGAACGGUUUAAGGCAAAAAAAGGGUAUUCUAAGGAUACUGUCUCUACACCAACUAGUCCCAACAAGGAGUGUCGAAUUAAACUGCCAGCAAGCUUCUCGGAACCUACGAGCGAUGACAGUGGUGAAGAAACGAAAACCGAAAAGGACGUUAUGCCCGUCGUUUCGGUACCUAAGAUAGACGAUGAAACGUUCACUUCCUUUUUUACUGGGAUUUCAUUAGAAAAGUGUGAGGCUGAAUCUGUUGAUUUAAACGAGUCCGAUUUUGAUGUGAUUUCAUCGCAAUCCGAAUUAUUGGUUCAGAAACGGAACAUACGCUUCAAACGACGGCGAUUCGUAUCUAGAAAUCCACUCAAAACGCUUGCGGCUCGUACCGACUUAAAGUUAGAGUAUACCGAAGUGCGGACUGAUAUCGCAGAGAGAGUAAUGAAACAACUAAACGUCGAGAAAUUGGCGAAAAAUUCGUCGUUAGCUAUGGAAGCUCUAGCUGGCCUAGCUUCUACCGAAGACUUUAGCAAUAUAACGCUAAGAAAUACAGCAGAAACGAAUACAUCAACGAAUAGACUACAGCCGUACAAAGAUUUAAUGCUGAUUUUGAUCAAGGGCAGGAGGCACGUACAAGUGAGAUUGGUCGAACCAGUCGCAGAAAGUAUGAAUAGUGGGGAUAAUUUUGUCCUAGUAACGAAAUCAGAAGUUUAUAAUUACAUUGGAAAGUAUUGUAAUGUUAUUGAGAAAGCUCGUGGUGCUGAGAUUGCACUGAGCAUUCAACAGAAUAAAGAUCUCGGUUGCCAAACAUUUCAAGUUAUUACAAUUAACGAAGAUAAGAUAACUUGUACGAAGAAUCAAUUGGAAAAGUUUUGGAAUUAUCUUGGCGUCGAGAACGAAAACGUAGAUGUUAUAGACGGUGGACAUCCUGACGAGGAUGAACUUUAUGAAACAUUUAUGAUAGAUACGAACAUGGUGUACGAAAUAAAAGGGGAGGAACUGGUACCUCUCGAAAAAUAUUGGGGUGCUAUACCAAAAAUUGAAAUGCUAGAUCCAAAUAAAGUGCUGGUAUUUGAUUUUGGUAGCGAGAUGUAUAUAUGGAGUGGUAAAGGAGCUUCGGCUGAUAAAAAGAGACUAGCGACGCAUCUUGCCACGGAACUGUGGAAAGAAGGAUACGACUAUUCGGAAUGCGCCGUAUGCCCAAUUACCGCCGCGUCUAUGAUAGGUAGACGCGUCGCGACAAAAACGGACUUAAAAGCUGCCGAAGUCAGGCCCAAUUGGUGUAUUCUUGCCAAGUUGACCCAACACGUCGAAACGAUACUUUUCAGAGAGAAAUUCCUGGAUUGGCCAAACGUCUCUGGUAUAAUACGAGUCCGCGGUAGGCCAGAGAGCAAAGAACAAGUUGACGGCAGUAUAACUAUCGAAGUGUGCAAUAUCGAUAAUUUAUUAGAAGAAAAUACUACUCCGGUCGAUCUGAUACUUGAGGGAAGUCAUUUGGGUCGAGGCACUGGUUGGUAUGAUGAUGAGUUAAUGAAACAGACUAUCGUCACAACAACGGGUAUAAAAGUGUGGCACAUCGAUGAGUUCUCGCACACCCUUCUAGACGAUUCGUCUGUUGGACAAUUUUAUUCUGGAGAUAGUUAUAUCGUGCAUUGGAUGUACUCUGUUACUAUCACUGGUCGCGAACUUAGUGGAUUACCGUCGAAACAUUCUGCGAAGGGACGCGAUCGUUCAGUAUACUUUAUCUGGCAAGGACAGAAUGCGUCUUUGAAUGAACAAGGUGCCGCAGCAUUACUGACUAUCGAAUUGGAUAAUGAUCAAGCACCGCAGCUUCGCGUAGUCCAAGGGCAUGAACCAGCAGCAUUUUUGAAUCUAUUUUCCGGGAGGAUGAUUGUACAUAGCGGCAAGAAAACGAAUUCGAGAAGUGACGAUCGAUGGCGAUUGUACAUAUGUCGUGGUACCUUAGAGUCAGAGGUGUCUUUAACGGAGAUUCCUUGUAGCACUCGUCAAUUACGGAGCAGAGGUUGUCUAUUAUUGUUAGAUUUAAAAGAUGGUAAAAUUUACGUGUGGCAUGGAUCUAACGCUUCACCGCAUAUCCGAAAGAAUGCAGUUAGUACAGCUACAAAAUUAAAAGAAAAUCGGCCUCAAGAAACAGGUUUAUCCUCGAAAGAAGAUAUAGAAAUAGUUGAAACUGAAGAAGGAUCAGAACCAGACGAAGUCAUCAAUGCAUUGGGACGCAUGAACAAGAAGUUGUACGUAUCGUUAGCGAAGGACCAACUACAUGAAUAUACACCAAGACUGUUUCACUUGUCAAGCGUUUCUAAAGAAUUUAAAUCUGUAGAGAUAUUGUGUCCUCAUCGUGCUUCUUUGCCGACUCCUUUUCCUUUCCUGCAGGAGGAUCUGUAUCAAGUUCAUCAACCAGCACUAUUUUUGUUGGACAACAAAAAUGAGUUAUGGAUAUGGCAAGGUUGGUGGCCAAACACGGGCGCGGAAGAUCAAUCCGGUAGCAAGGCUGUUAGAUGGCAAGCCGAAAGAAGAGCGGCCAUGACAAUGGCGAUGCAAUAUUGGCAAAAGAUUCAUCCAGGAACCAAUAAAUUUCCAAUUUAUCUAGUCUGGGCUGGUCUCGAGCCUUUGCAAUUUAUAAAUUUAUUUCCUACGUGGACGUAUCGCGACGACAUCGCUGAAUUAAAUAUAGAGGAUGGACGAAAUUCUGGAGAAGUAUUGACCGUGGAAAGCGAAUUGGUUCGAUUAACACAGAGUACGUAUCCUCCGGCUCAAUUAUUACAACGACCACUACCAGAAGGGGUUGAUCCUACACACUUGGAAUUGUAUUUAUCUCAACAACAUUUUCAAGAACUAUUAGGCAUGACUCAAGAAGAAUUUCAAGAACUUCCCGUUUGGAAACAAGUGAACCUUAAAAAAGAAAUAGGGCUUUUCUGAUGAAAAAUAUAUCCAGACUGCCGACUCCUACGAGAACUAGCUGCCCUUGUAAAACGAUUAAUAAAGUUUUUGUUAAUUGUUUUAUGAUGUUUAUAACUUGAAAAACUUUUUAACUUCUCGGUGUAUGUGAAUUCGCGUUUAUAAAGAUAUGCCUAAAGUUGCCUAUCGAUAAAAAGAGAUACUAAUAUUAUUAUAAUGCAGUUAUAAAGAUGUUUUACUACUAUUUCAAAAUAUAAUAUAUACUACAUAAAUAAAUAUUAACGUGCGCCAGCGCACGCAAUGAACACGAAUAGGUGAUCAUAUAUUUUUAAUACAUACUAAACGUGAAAUUGGCUUGUGAAUAUUUCCUUUAUAUUUGUAUAUGGGCUUUAUAUUCAAUGAUAAUACAAUAUGUUUUAGAAUGGCUUAUUCUUACAUGUGUAACAUUUGUACAAGAGCGACUGUAUUCUUUACAACGUACUCCGUGUUUUUGAACAGUAUUCAAUGAAAUUUCUCAAUGUU